UUCUGUGCCGUCCCAGCUCAGUCCGUCCACCACACCCACUGCUCCGUACCAUCCGUCGCCGCCGGCGCACCGCGAUGGCCGCCUCCGCCACGGCCGCGAGGCCUCUCGCUGGGGCCGCCGCCGUCCCGCUCCCGCUGCCAGCGCGGCCGCGAACCGCCAGGGUGGCCUUGCUGCCCCUGACCCCUGUUCCGGGCCAGCGCCUCGCUCUCGGGCGGGCCGGGCAGGAGCGGCUGCCGGCGCGCGGCCGGUCGGUGCGGUGCCUGGCGGCGCUGAGCCCGGAGAUGCGGGCGACGCUGGACAAGGUCGUGGGGUCCAGCAAGGUGGUGCUGUUCAUGAAGGGCACCAAGGACUUCCCGCAGUGCGGCUUCUCCCACACCGUCGUGCAGAUCCUGCGCUCGCUCGACGUGCCCUUCGACACGCUCGACGUGCUCGCCAACGAGGCGCUCCGGCAGGGGCUCAAGGAGUACUCCAGCUGGCCCACCUUCCCGCAGCUCUACAUCGACGGCGAGUUCUUCGGCGGAUGUGACAUCACCGUUGAGGCAUACAAGAGUGGAGAACUGCAGGAAACUCUUGAGAAAGCAAUGUGUUCAUAGGAAAAAAAAAUUGAACAAGGACCACACAGGAUACUGUUGAUCAAAAUGUUAUAGUAUUUGCUGUACGAUUCAGCCAUGUUAAGCUGGAGAUGCUAAGUUGUAGACAAUUUCGUGUCCAGAUGUUCAGUGCACUUCGAAUACAUUUUUCUGGAAUAAGCAACCAGCUGAUGUUGAUGCUGAUAUUGAUUUGUUGUGAGAUAAGAACACUAUUAUUUUGCUAAAAUGAUACAGCUGAUAAGUUCGAGCGA